AUGGAAGACAAACAUGAGCCGCGGGCUUCAUUUCUCAGCCUACCGACGGAAAUUCAUCUACAAAUCUCAAAACUUCUGAUAUAUCCCGAUGCGCUCUCUCUCAAAUACACCAAUCGGUAUUUCCACAGCUUUGUCGACACCGACGUCGACCUCAAGGUGGAGUGGCUCAUUGAGCGGCGCCGUCUUCAUCUAGAAUGUCCGAACAACGGGCGCUGUGAUUUGGGCACGGAUUUGCGAUUCUGCAGAGGCAGUGUAGCGCUACUCAUGAAGCGCCGGCGAGAGCACAUUGAAUGCGAAUCACGGCCUGGCUUGGGAUGCAUAAUCUACGGAACCCCCACUUGUCCCAAUCGCCGACGAGGCAUGAAGGCAUGGCAGCGCUGGCUUGAAACCAAGUUUACCAUUGAGCUGCGGUGGGUGCUGGUGGCUUUACUUGUUGCUUUGUGUAGCUGGGUCUGCACAAUCUUGGUGAACUAA